CAGAUCCAUUAACUUCUAGGUUAGGACAAUUAUUUUUAAUCGGAUAAAUUUCUAAAAACAAUUAUUAUUUAAUUGUUGUAUGAUAACUUAUGUGGUGAUUUAGUCCUAAAAUGUUAAACGCAAUCAGAAAUAGCUUACGCGUCUCUGUUGGUAGCUUCGUUCGACCGUUUCAAACUGCAGCUCCUUUAGCUAAAGAAAAAUUUGAUCACAAACGAAUUCCUGCAGAUGAUGAAGGAGUACAAGGCGAAAAGAUUAUAGAUUUAGAUGCCGUGUUAAAACAGAAAAGGAACUUAUUUCCAACAUUGGAAUCAGACAAUGAGCUACACGAUGGAGUGCUGUACAAAGAUCUUCCAAUUUGUAAUAUAAGAGUAUCACAUAACAACACUAUAUUCACAAUUACAAAUGCUGAUGGCACAGUGAAACUUAUUAGGUCUUGCGGUAUGGAAGGUUUUAAAAACACAAAAAAAGGGACAAAUAUAGCUGCUCAAACAACAGCUAUAGCCAUUGGCACUAGAGCUAUUGAUAAAGGAUUUAGAACCAUAAGAGUGAGGGUGCAAGGUCUUGGACCAGGGAGAUUGUCUGCUGUGAAAGGGUUAACAAUGGCUGGUCUUCAAGUUGUAUCAGUUACUGAUGCUACACAUGUUUCAUGGAACCCACCAAGACCAAGAAAAGCUAGGAGAUUGUAGAAUACACCAAUCAUUUUUCUUAUAAGCAACUAGGAAUAUAUUUAGUGAAUAAAAAUGUUAAUGUAA